GGUUGGGGGGGAGAGAGUGGGACAAUGCUAUGAAUUCUUCAAUAGACUGGUGAGAGGUGACGCUCUUGUCCGGGUCCGAAUCUCCGGAAAAGGUUCCAUCUCGGUCCGCAACAGUGAAACGGGGGCCUCCUAUAUCGGGGGAACAGCCAGAUGGGUUUGAGCUCCUGAAGGAUUUACCCAAAUAAGGACAGCGCGCGAGUCAAUAUCUGCUUCGGAGUUGUCGUUACCACUUUCCACUACGAUUUUUUUUUCAUUUUACUGGCCGCUUAUGAAGGUUCCUCGUGAUGUUGGCCACACGCGUGUGGUGCCAGCUGUUUCCUUGUAAAGAUUUUCUAAAUGACCAGCGAGAGAUUGCAAGCAACAGAGAAUUCAGGCUCUCAUCCCUGGGCUGGUCGCGAGCGCCCCCUGCUGUCUGAGCGAGGGAUUUGCGGCAGGACGAGGUCAUGGCCGACUCGAUGUACUCGGACCUGAUCGCCCGGCACUACAAUUUCACGGGGAAACUGCGCAAGGCGGAGCCGGAUUCAGGACUGAAGGCCGACUCCGUCGUCUUCAUCAUCGUCUGCUGCCUCAUCGUCCUGGAGAACCUGCUGGUUCUGGUCACCAUAUGGCGGACCAAGAAGUUCCACAAGCCCACGUACUACUUCAUCGGCAACCUGGCGCUGUCCGACCUGCUGGCCGGCGUGGUGUAUACCGCCAACAUCCUGCUGUCGGGGGCGAACACGUACCGGCUGAGCCCCGCCCAGUGGUUCCUCCGUGAGGGAAGCAUGUUCGUGGCCCUGGCCGCCUCUGUCUUCAGCCUGCUGGCCAUCGCCACCGAGCGCCACCUGACCAUGCUGAGGAUGAAGCCGCACAGCGGCGGCAAGACCUGCCGGGUGUUCCUGCUCAUCAGCGGCUGCUGGGGCGUGGCAGCAGUGCUGGGGGGGCUGCCCGUUCUGGGCUGGAACUGCAUCGAGGCCAUGCCCAGCUGCUCCACCGUCCUGCCUCUCUACCACAAGACCUACAUCCUCUUCUGCACCACCGUCUUCAGCGUCAUCCUCCUGGCCAUCGUGGCCCUCUACGCGCGCGUGUACGCCCUGGUGCGCACGCGCAGCCGCCAAAUGCUCUCCCACCAGGCGCCCGACGGCGGGGCCGGGGGCCGCGGCGGGGUUGGUGGGCGGAGCUCGGAGAGGUCACUGGCUCUGCUGAGGACGGUGAUCGUGGUGCUGAGCUGCUUCAUCGCCUGCUGGGCUCCGCUCUUCCUGCUGCUGCUGCUGGACGUGGCCUGCGAGACGCGGCAGUGCGCCAUCCUGUACAAGGCCGAGUGGUUCCUGGCCCUGGCCGUGCUCAACUCGGCCAUGAACCCGCUGCUGUACACGCUGACCAGCACGGAGAUGCGCCAAGCCUUCCUGCGAGUGCUCACGGGGGGCGGAGCCUGUCGCUUUCAGCGCCCCGCCCUCAAGGCCAAACCCCCCUUCUUCGCCGCUGAGUUCACCCGCAGCCGCUCGGGUGACUCCUCCCACCCCAACCGGGAGGAGGCGGAGUCUUCGCCCCGGGAAACCGCCGGGUCCUUCGGGAAUGUGGUGUCGUCCGCUUCCUCCUAGCCGUGCUCUCCUCCUUCCAUCCGGCCAUUCUCCAACCGCUUGGUCCAGAUCAGGGUCGGUCGCUGUGGCAACAGGGCACGCAGAGCAGCCCAGACGUCCCUCUCCAGCAACUUACGCUAACUCCUCCCGGUGGAUCCCCAGGUGCUCCCAGGCCAGCCGGUGGAUAUAAUCCCUCCAGCGUGUCCUAGGUCUGCCCCUGGGUCUCCUCCCCAGUGGCCGACCCUGUAACACCUCCAGAGGGAGGCACUCAGGAAGCAUCUUUAUCAGAUGCCGAAACACCUCAACUGGCUCCUCUCAAUGCGGAGGAGCAGCGGUUCUACCCUGAGGUCCUCCCGGAUAGCCAAGCUCCUCACCCUAUCAAGGAGAGUAAGCCCUGCCACCCUACGGAGAAACCCCAUUUCGGCCCCUUGUAUUCACGAUCUCACUCUUUCGGUCUCUACCCAUAGCAUGUGGUCAUAGGUGAGAGUAGGGACGAAGAUCGACUGGUAAAUCGAGAGCUUUGCCUUUCGGCUCAGUGCCUUCUUCACCCCCACCGUCCGAUAAAAUGCAUUACUGCGGCCGCUGCACCUAGACGACCGCCGAUCGCCGAAUCCCUAGAACUCCUCCACCUGGGGCAGUUGCUCCUCCCUUACUUGAAGAGGGCAAACCAUCUUUUUCUGGGAGAGGGCCAUGGCCACAGACUUAUAUACUGAUAUACUUAUGGACUUAUAUACAUAUAUACUGAUGCAGCAGUUAUGUGCCUUGCUCAAGGGUACAACUGCAGUGUCCUAUCCAGAAAUCGAUCCUGCAACCUUUAGGUCACAGGCCCAGUUCCUUCCUCAUUAUUCUACACUGCCGCAACUACGCAAUCCCACGAUUUCAUCAGCAAACCCACAAUUCAUCAUCAGUCCCACCUGAACAUCCCACAGGUAUUUAAUUUUGUUUUCCAAGCUGAAAGAUUGGUCUUUCCAUUGUUAAAUAAAUCUGACUUAGGAGGAGCACUUACUACAUGUAUUUGAAGAUCAGAUUAAUCAGUAUUAUUUUUAUGAUAAAAAUGAGCAAAACUGUUCAAUACAAGUAUUUGUGUAGCACAGCGCUUGUUGUACAAGCAUUUCUAAAAAUAUAGACAUUAUAGAAACUCUAAAAUGUGUUGUUGAAAGAGGUGUCCCACAGAAAUUGUACCCCUCUUUGAGAAUGUAUUUUAUCUAUCCAACUGCCAGUCUUUGUCCAUGAUUUAGUUGUUUCUAUAUUUUGUGUUGAAUGCACACAGCUCUACCACCCAAUCCUGAAACAGACUGUGUGUGCAUUCAUGUCAGAGACAAUUCCACUCAGCCUCUCUCCGUGAUUUCCCAAUUGGAUUCCACCCAAUGGCACACUGAAAUGAGUGUUUGUUUGAUUAGAUGAUAAUAAAAUUAAAAUGUAAAAAUGG